CAGUUCAACUCCUCCAGCCGACAUCUCCAUAUCUACCAGUUCACCUCCAAGCUCGAAAUUCAAGUUCACACAGGCAUUUCAUCAAACACCUUUCAUCCCACCACCAAAGUUCAGACCUUUCAUGGAAAUUACUCCGUUCCCAUUACUUAGUCAAGAAGAUGACUCCCAUUUCUAUACCCUGUUGUCUGACAUGGACGAAUUCGACAUAAAUGGCGGGAAUCACACCCUGAAGAAGCGGAGAAAGGACGAUGGAAACAACCAUGGUGGCGGCGCUGGAGCUGCUCCGGGGGCAAUGAGCGACAUACUUGCCUCGCUGAUUCUGCUGGACGAGGAGGAGAAGCUGGAGCAGGAGAGCUACUUGGUCGAAGCCCAGCAGGAAAGAUCGAUGCUUGAAGAUAAUCACAGGCAGAAGACUCGAGCUAUGGAGGAGUACUACUCUGAUAUUCAGCAGCACCAUUCUCAAUCCGACGAAUCGGACCUGUCUAGGGCGAAACGGAGUCGACAGUCCGCUUCCGCUGCGGCCGCUGCUGCAGCUGAGGCCUCCGCGGCCGGUCCGGACCCGAGUUCGAGUGCUAUGAUCCCGGGUCCGCACCGGAGGCUUUGGGUGAAGGACAGGCCCAAGGUGUGGUGGGAGAAUUUGGGCCGCCCAGACGUUUCGGAGGAGGAGUUUCGAAAAGCUUUUCGGAUGAGCAAGGGGACGUUCGACAUGAUCUGCGCGGAGCUGGAGUCGGCGGUUUUUAAGAAGAACACAAUGCUGCGCGAGGCAAUUCCGGUGCGCCAACGCGUGGCGGUGUGCAUAUAUCGGCUUGCCACCGGGGAGCCGCUCCGGGAGGUUUCGAGACGUUUCGGGCUGGGAAUCUCCACCUGCCACAAGCUGGUUCUGGAAGUUUGCGUUGCCAUCAAGACUGUCUUGAUGCACAAGUUUCUCCAGUGGCCGGACGAGGGCAGGAUGCAGGAGAUCAAGGAGGAGUUCGAGGCCACUUCCGGAAUUCCAAAUGUUGCUGGGUCUAUGUACACCACCCACAUAUCAAUUAUUGCUCCAAAGGUGAAUGUGGCUGCGUAUUUCAACAAGCGGCACACGGAACGCAACCAGAAAACUUCGUAUUCGGUCACGGUUCAAGGGAUUGUCGAUCCGAGAGGCGUUUUCACCGACGUUUGCAUCGGCUGGCCGGGUUCGAUGCCGGACGAUCAGGUGCUGGAGAAGUCUGCAUUGUUCCAGAGAGCAAACAGAGGACUCUUGAAGGAUGUGUGGGUUGUGGGAAAUGCUGGGUUUCCACUGAUGGAUUGGGUGCUGGUUCCUUACACCCACCAGAACUUGACGUGGACCCAGCACGCAUUCAAUGAGAAAAUCGGAGAAGUGGAAGGGGUGGCUAAAGAUGCAUUUGCAAAGCUCAAAGGGAGGUGGUCUUGCUUGCAGAAGAGGACUGAGAUCAAGCUGCAGGACUUGCCUGUUGUGCUUGGGGCUUGCUGUGUUUUGCACAAUAUUUGUGCAAUGAGGAAUGAUGAGCUCGAUCCCGAGUUCGAGUUCGAGCUCUUCGACGAUUUGGCAACGCCGGAAAAUAGUCUGAGGUCGGCGGGAUCGGUGCAGGCGAGGGAUCAUAUUGCUCAUAAUUUGUUGCACCAUGGCCUUGCUGCAGGCACCGGUUCUGGUUUUCUAUAGGGGGGGGUUUUGAGUUCAGCUUUUGUUCUAGUCAUAUUAUAGAGUAAAAGAUGAUACAGAGAUAUAUGUAGUUUGGCUUUGUUUAGCUUUGUGUAUAUAAGCAUUUACCCACCUUCUGUCUAUUUAUCCAUUCUAAAUAUAUUUCCUUCUUUUUUGCUAUCUGAAAUUCUAAAUCUGAUUUUGAAGUUUGAGCGACCAUAA